AUGUGCGCGUGUUGUGUGGCCGGCCCUGCUCCUCUCCCUCCCCUCCCCUCGCGCCGUCCCCUCCCCCAGCGGCCCCGAGCGAGCGCCAGCGCCACACAGCCCCGGGCCGCCGCCGGCGAGCGCGCCGAGACGCCGAACAGGGGGCGCGGGCCCGCCCGCGGCGGCGGCGGCAUGAAAGUGACCGUGUGCUUCGGACGGACCCGGGUGGUCGUGCCGUGCGGGGACGGCCACAUGAAAGUUUUCAGCCUCAUCCAGCAGGCGGUGACCCGCUACCGGAAGGCCAUAGCCAAGGGAAAGAUGUCCCAGAAUUUCCAUACCAGCUAUGCUGAAACUCUUAGAAAGCUGGAGACACAGUAUUGUAAAUUGAAGGAAACUUCUAGCUUCCGGAUGAGGCACCUUCAGAGCCUACAUAAAUUUGUUUCUAGAGCUACAGCUGAGUUGAUCUGGUUGAAUGAGAAGGAGGAGGAGGAACUAGCAUAUGACUGGAGUGACAACAAUUCCAGUAUCUCAGCCAAGAGAAAUUACUUCUCUGAGUUGACAAUGGAACUGGAGGAGAAACAGGAUGUGUUUCGUUCUCUACAAGAUACAGCAGAACUACUUUCACUUGAGAACCACCCAGCCAAGCAGACAGUGGAGGCUUAUAGUGCUGCUGUCCAGUCCCAGUUGCAGUGGAUGAAGCAGCUGUGCCUGUGUGUUGAGCAGCAUGUGAAAGUGAAUACUGCUUAUUUUCAGUUCUUCAGUGAUGCGCGAGAACUGGAGUCAUUCUUGAGGAACCUCCAAGAUUCCAUUAAACGAAAAUAUUCCUGUGACCACAACACCAGCUUAUCCUGCCUUGAAGACCUGCUCCAGGACUCCAUGGAUGAAAAGGAGCAGCUUAUACAGUCUAAGAGUUCCGUUGCCAGACUCGUUGGGAGAUCAAAAACCAUUGUUCAGCUAAAAGCACACAGUCCAGACCAUUUGUUAAAGAGCACCAUUUCUGUUAAGGCCAUCUGUGACUAUCGGCAGAUCGAGAUUACUAUUUGCAAAAAUGAUGAAUGUGUGCUAGAAGAUAAUUCUCAGCGGACCAAAUGGAAAGUGACCAGCCCCACAGGGAAUGAGGCAAUGGUGCCAUCAGUCUGCUUCCUCAUUCCCCCACCCAAUAAGGAUGCCAUUGAGAUGGCCAGCAGGGUCAAACAAUCUUAUCAGAAGGUGAUGGCCCUUUGGCACCAGCUACAUGUUAACACCAAAAGCCUUAUAUCUUGGAACUAUCUGCGUAAAGACCUUGACCUUAUACAGACCUGGAACCUAGAAAAGCUUCGAUCCUCAGCACCAGGGGAGUGUCAUCAGAUUAUGAAGAAUCUUCAGGCCCACUAUGAAGACUUUCUGCAGGAUAGUCGUGACUCUGUGCUGUUCUCAGUGGCUGAUCGCUUGCGCUUGGAAGAGGAAGUGGAAGCUUGUAAAGCCCACUUCCAGCACCUGAUGAAGUCCAUGGAGAAUGAGGACAAAGAGGAGACUGUGGCCAAGAUGUACAUUUCAGAGUUGAAGAACGUCCGGCUACGCCUGGAGGAGUGUGAACAGAGGGUGGUCAAACGAAUUCAGUCUCUAGCCGGCUCUAGGACUGACAAAGAUGCCCAGCAGGACAGUGCAUUAAGGAUUGCAGAGCAAGAACACACCCAGGAGGAUUUACAGCAACUGAGGUCAGAGUUGGAUGCAGUUUCUAUGAAAUGUGACAGCUUUCUCCAGUCUCCAUCUAGUUCAAGUGUCCCAACUCUGCACUCAGAACUGAAUCUUCUGGUGGAGAAGAUGGACCAUGUCUAUGGUCUCUCUACUGUAUAUCUGAAUAAGUUAAAGACAGUUGAUGUUAUAGUACGUAGCAUACAGGAUGCCGAACUCUUGGUCAAAGGUUAUGAGAUUAAGCUGAGUCAAGAAGAAGCAGUACUGGCAGAUCUCUCAGCUCUGGAGGCCCAUCGGUCGACAUUACGGCACUGGUUUAGUGAUGUGAAGGACAAGAAUUCAGUGUUUUCAGUCCUGGAUGAGGAAAUUGCCAAGGCCAAGGCAGUGGCAGAGCAGAUGAGUCGUCUGACGCCAGAGCGAAACCUGGAUUUGGAGCGCUAUCAGGAAAAGGGCUCCCAGCUGCAGGAGCGUUGGCACCGAGUCUUUGCCCAACUCGAGAUUCACCAAUCUGAACUAGAAAGUAUCCAGGAAGUUCUGGGAGAUUACCGAGCCUGCCAUGGAACUCUCAUCAAGUGGAUUGAGGAAACCACUGCCCAGCAGGAAAUGAUGAAGCCAGGCCAGGCAGAGGAUAGCAGAGUGCUUUCGGAGCAGCUCAGUCAGCAGACAGCUCUCUUUGCAGAAAUUGGGAGAAAUCAGACAAAACUGGAUCAAUGUCAAAAGUUUUCCCAGCAGUACUCUACUAUUGUAAAGGACUAUGAAUUGCAACUGAUGACAUACAAGGCCUUUGUGGAAUCGCCGCGGAAAUCCCCUGGCAAGCGCCGUCGCGUGCUUUCCUCUUCAGAUGCCAUCACUCAAGAGUUCAUGGACUUAAGGACUCGCUACACUGCAUUGGUGACUUUAACAACUCAACACAUGAUAUACAUCAGUGAUGCACUCCGGCGUCUGGAGGAGGAGGAGAAAGUGGUAGAAGAGGAGAAACAAGAACAUGUGGAGAAGGUUAAAUAACUUUUGGGCUGGGUGUCUACCCUAGCGAGAAAUACACAAGGAAAAGCUACCUCAUCCCAGACCAAAGAAUCAACAGACAUUGAAAAAGCUAUUUUGGAACAGCAGGUUCUGACAGAAGAGCUGACAACAAAGAAAGAACAAGUCUCUGAAGCUAUUAAAACAUCACAGAUCUUCUUGGCCAAGCAUGGUCAUAAGCUCUCAGAAAAAGAGAAGAAACAAAUAUCUGAGCAAGUGAAUGCCCUAAACCAGGCUUACCAUGACCUUUGUGAUGGUUCUGCAAAUCAGCUUCAGCAGCUUCAGAGCCAGUUGGCUCACCAGACAGAACAAAAGGAUUGCAGAGCAGUUGCUGGGGUGAUUGACCUAGGCACAGUGGAGAUAUUUCCUAUCUUCAAAGCCAUGCAAAAGGGCCUCCUUGACCAAGACACAGGCCUUGUGCUUCUGGAAUCUCAGGUUAUCAUGUCUGGCCUCAUUGCCCCCGAGACUGGUGAAAACCUCUCUUUGGAGGAGGGCCUAGCCAGAAACCUCAUUAAUCCCCAGAUGUACCAGGAGCUCCGGGAGCUACAGGAUGCCUUGGCCUUAAUAAGCAGGCUUACUGAGAGCAGAGGCCCUCUUUCUGUGGUGGAAGUAAUCGAGAAGAGAAUAAUCAGUGAGAGAGUUGGAGUGAAAAUCUUAGAAGCUCACCUGGCAACUGGAGGUUUCAGUCUUUCCCCUAGUGAGAACUGUAUUAACCUGGAAGAGGUUUUUCAUCAAGGUCUCAUUUCUGCAUGGCUUCAUUCAGUAUUAGAGUCUCAUCUUAGAACAUCCAAGAAUUUGAUAGACCCUAACACAGCUGAGAAAAUUGGUUUGCUGGAUCUGAUGCAACGAUGUAUUGUCCACCAGGAAUCAGGAUUCAAAUUGCUGCCUGUCAAACAAUUGGCAGGGGGGAUGGUGAGCUUGAAAUCAGGCCGGAAGGUUAGCAUUUUCCUUGCAGUUCAGGAAGGGCUGAUAGAUAGGCAGGUCACUGUCCGGUUGCUGGAAGCUCAGCUUUUUGCUGGUGGCAUAGUAGAUCCAAGAACAGGACACAGACUUACAGUGGAAGAGGCUGUAAGACAUAAUUUGAUUGACCAAGAUAUGGCCUGUGGUAUCCUCAUAAGGCAGCUUCAGACAGGAGGCAUCAUAGACACUGUCACGGGGCAAAGGCUAACAAUAGAUGAAGCAGUGAGCAAUGAUCUAGUAGCUGCUAAGAUCGCCCUUGUGAUUCUGGAGUCCCUCUGGUCAUUCAUGGGUUUGCUGUGGCCUGAAUCUGGAGAGAUCCUCCCAAUUACAGAUGCCAUAGAACAAGGUAUUGUGUCUACUGAACUAGCACAUAAAAUCCUUAGUAACCGACAGCAUAUUAAGGCUCUGUUUCUACCAGCAACCACAGAGAUUAUGUCCUGGAGGAAAGCAAUAGAAAGUGGUAUCCUGGACAGAGAUCUUGCCAAUAACUUAAAAUCGAUUUGUAUACCUGAUAUGAUGCCCCACAUGCAACUAGCAGACUCUGCAGAACAAAAUAUUAAUCCUGGAGCAGCAGUUCUACCGUGCACCAAGAGCCAACCCAAGGCCAUAGCAAGCAAGAGUGAGAAUCUGUUGUUCCAGCUGAUGACUCACAGCUAUAUUAAUGUACAAAAUGGACAGAGGCUGCUUCUGUUAGAUAAAGAGCUGAUGGGGAUACUAACAUCCAGAGAUGAGUAUCAAACAAGUCCUCCAGAAGUGGUUGAAACUGGGCAUCAAAGGCAAAAAACUCCUGAGGGAUUGCAAGAGUCAGCUAAUGUGAAAAUCUCAGGAACUUUCAGUGAUGGGUGGACUGUGAGGCUGCCUGAGUUCCAGUUUUCUUCUCAGAACAAAGAAUAUCCCAAUCAGGAAGAUUGCACUACAGAAAAAGGCAAAAAGACCACUGUAGAAACAGAAGAUUCUUCUGUAGAGAACCCUGAAGAGGAUCUGUUUGUAGAACAAAAAGAGAGAAAUUCAAAUGUUGACUCUUUGAAGGUAAUAAAUAAAGUCAAAUUAGAGGUACAAAGGCAGUUGAUAUAUACCAAAAGGGAAGACCAAACAGCAGUGUCUAUCAAAGAAAAUGCCAGCAGGGGACACCUCCUGACUGUACCUUCUGCGGAGGCAGAAGGUGUGCUGUUGGUGGUUGACAAAGAUCUUUUUUCUGUUGAAACACCAAAGAAAGAACAUCAGCCUCUCAGAAACACUUCCUUUACAUGUCAGAAUGAACAAGCACACACUCUUGAGACUGAAUAUAUUCGUGAUGAAACUGGAGGAUCUCACAUAAAACCCCAAAGCAAAAAGUCAGAAGUUCAGGUAAAGAAAACUCUAGGUGUAAAGUUAGAACUAAAGUCUGAAACUGAUGUGAACAUUCAUCCUCUGGACAAAAAGCAAAUGUUAAAGAAAACAUUUUUGGCUAAGGAUGACCAUAAAGAAAGUCAAGAAGCACAGAACAUCGCAGGUGGUAGUAUGAUGAUGUUAGAAAAGACUGAUGAGGAAGAUAAUGGCAGGGAAACUUUUCUGUCCUACAGUCGUCCAUAAGAAUUGCUUGAAGAAGCUACCUUAAAUGUAUUAUCUGCACAGUUACUAGAUGGUGGUAUCUUUCAUGAACAAACAGGUCAGAAGCUCUUACUAAAUGAAGCAAUAUCCCGAGGCAUCGUGCCAAGUCACACUGCCGUGAAGCUUAUGGAGAAGCUGAACAUGUUUCAGGGGUUCUUUGACUCUCAGACGUAUGAGUCUUUGACAACUGAAGAAGUCAUUAAUGAAGGUCUGAUGGAUGAGAAAUUAUUACAUAAUGUCCUCAUGGCAGACAAAGCUAUAAGUGGUAUCUUAGACCCCCGUGCCCAUACACUAUGCUCUGUAAAGGAUGCAGUAACGGUUCUUGACAAGGAAAUAGCCACCAGAAUUUUAGAGAGACAGGUGGUGACUGGUGGAAUUAUUGAUCUGAAACGAGGCAAAAAAGUUUCAGUAACUUUGGCCUCAACUCUUGGCUUGGUGGACAUUGCUAACCAGCCAGAGCUUAUAAAUCUGGAGAAAGCUUCCAAAGGUAGAGAUGCUGAAAAAACAGUUAGGGAGAGAUUAAUUAGUUUACAAAUGGAAACAACAGGACUUAUAGACCCUGAUAGUAAAGCCCCUUUAACAGUUGUGCAGUCCAUUGACAGAGGUCUUUUGGAGAGAGAGGAGGCCAUUCGUUUGUUGACUAAGCAGGUGCUAGAUGGAGGUAUCAUUCACCAUAUAUCUGGGAUGAGACUUUCUGUUGAUAAUGCCUUCAGACAUGGCUUAAUUGGUGAAGAGUUAGCCAAGAAACACAAAAGAGUUGAGAACUUAAACAUCCAUCAGAUUUUUAAUCCUGAAACAAAGGAAACUGUUUCCCUCCCUAAAGCCAUAAAAUUAGAUCUUGUUACCCCAGACCUGAAAAGAGAAAUCCAGGAGGUUCAGGCCUUUACUGGAAACUUUGUGGAUCUAAUUUCUGGUCAGAGAUUGACCUUGGCAGAAGCUAAAAAAGAAGGACUGUUAACUAAUGAAGCAGUGUUGUCUCCAGGAAUGAUGCAUGGCAUUGUAGAUCCCGAGAACUGCAGAAUUGUCCCCUACUCAGAAUUAGUCAAGAAAUGUAAGAUUGAUAUUGAAUCUGGACAGAGAUAUCUAGAAGUAAUUCCCUUCUCAGACAUUAAAGAUGGAGUGAGCGACAAAGUGCUUACAUUGUCUCAAGCAAUUCGGCUUGGAAAAGUAGACUUUGCAUCUACACUGAAGGUUCUGGAAACCCAGGCAAAUACUGGUGGAAUCAUAGACACUGCUACUGGAAAAAGACUGACAUUGGCAUCAGCUUUGGAAGAGAAACUGGUGGAUGAAAACAUGGUCAGAAUUAUUGCAUCUCAUCAGGCAUUAAAUGGAGGAAUUGUUGACAUAUUUAGUGAUCAGAGAGUGACUUUAGCGGAAGCUAUUGAGAAAAGACUGAUCAGUCCUGAACUGGCAAAUAUGAUCCAAAUAGAUACUUCAGAGUUCAGCGAUCACAGGGCUCAGAUUGAAAAGCAAGAGGGGAUUGAAGGGUGUGCAUUGCAAAAUGAAUCUCUAAGAAAGGAUAUGUUAAUUGCUUGUAAUCAGACUGCUGAAAUGAGUUGUAAUAAAGUAGAAGAGAGUGAGAGAUUACUUCAAGUUGAAAAUCAGUCUGCACAAGAAAAGGUUAAAGUGAGAGUUUCUGAUAGGGAGCAGGCAAAAAAGAGCAGGGAAAUUUCCUUAAAGGAAUUUGGGUGCAAGGAUCAACAUAAGCCAAGAAUGUCUCCAGAUGCUAAAGAAUUUAUCAGUAUCAUAAAUCCUCAUAAUCUUAAAGGUAAAUCCUUGAGCCAAGUGUCAUUGACACAUACUUACUCUGAAGUUUGUGAUUUAAUCAAAGAAAUGGCUAGAAAUAACAUGGGAAAUGAUACAAAUGAAGAGCAGAAAAAAGCAGUGACAAAAAUAGAAAUUAUUUUUCAUAUGAAGCAGUCUCCCUCAUGUCUAGAUUCUGAAGAAAUAAGAGAAAAUCGAGGGGAAGUGAUUUUGGAAGUACAAGAAACAUAUUGUGAAACAUCAGGCAAAUUGCCGAGUGAGCAGGUUUUGCAGCAACCAAUGAAUGCUGGGGUGAAAAGUAAGAGAGAGAAGAGGGAGGUGAUUGUAGAAGAAAGCAUCAGAACAUGCAAAUCAGCAUUUCUUUCUGAAGAAAAGUUAUAUCAGGAAACUGCCAUUAGAGAUGAGCAUGACUCCCAUAUAAAGAGCCAACCUAGGGAAAUGACCUCAAGUGAAAAAGGGAAAGAAGCUGAUAUAGAAAAGGGAUUUUCUGUUAUUUUUAAAAUUGAAGACUCUUCUUCCCAAGUGGUACCUCAAACAAUUUCUGUAAAACAUCUAGAUGCUUUAACACUCUUCAGCUCUAAACAGGCCAGUGAAGGAAAAGUAAACAAUUUAAGUCUCUGCUUGACUUUAAAACCAGAAGAAAACUUAUCUCAAGAAAUUACUUGUGGGGCCCAGAGUGAACCAUUCCCUUCUAUGAUGCCAAGACCUGAAGGAUUGCACUACCAGGAAUCAGAUGGAAAAGCCCAAGUGACAGGCUCAUCCCAAAUUUCCAAAACAGACAAGCCUUUCCAAGGAACCACCGGACAGGAGACCAACUAUCAUCAAGAUUCCUGUGUUACUUCUAAAACCAAGGAAACCAAACAUCUCAUUUCCUCAUCUAAUGAAUGUAAAGAAAAGUUAUACCAAGAAGUAUCCUUUGACCCAGCAAGAGGUCUUAAAUUGGAAGAAAUUACUGUUUCUAGACCAGAUUCAAAAGAAGUCAGUUAUCUAGAAUUCUCAGACAGACCUUCAUCUCAGGGCAGCAAAAGUGAUGAUAAACUUUGUGGAACUCUCAAAUCUGAAAUAGCAACACAGGAAAUAACUGGAGAGAAAUUUCUAGAAAUGGCAAACCCUAACGUUACAGGUCUACAAGCAGGAUCCAUUGAGGACAUAGUGACUCAGAGAGGUUCUAGAGUCUUGGGAUCCUUUCUUCCAGAGAAACUAUUCAAAGGAGUGUCUCAGAAAGAGAAUACAGGGCAACAGAAUGCCAUCAUUAGUCCUACUGUUUCAGAGACCAGUGAAGAAAAGACAGUGUCCCUAACAGUAUGCUCUACAGUGAAGACAGAGAAGACACUACAGGAAAAGCUCAGAGAAAGCCCUGGCAUUGAACAAACUCCCUUCAUGACUGCACUUGGAGGAAAGGGAAAUGGAGGUUUAAACCCAGAGCCCUUCAGAGCAACUCAAAAUGUAUUUACCCGGCAACUCUGUUUAGAACAUGAUGAAAAGCUAGUAUCCUAUCUGUCUCUGUUACGGAACAUUGAAGUGAGGACCAGACAGAUUCAGCCUUUGGAGCUAAACCUGGCAGAACUACAGGAUCUGCUGUGUCAGGCCAAGGUAUUAGACAGGGAGUUAAAGGAUCUGACCACCUUGGUCAGUCAGGAAUUAGAGUGUGUGAAUCAAAUUAUCAUCAGCCAACCUCAAGAAGUUCCUGCUCCACUGUUGAAGGCUCUAGAGAAAGAUGCCAAGAAUCUUCAGAAGUCUCUCAGUUCUGUGAGUGGCACUUGGAAUUCCAGGUUACUCCACUUCCAGAAUGCUGUGGAAAUAGAAAAGGUAGCAUUUUUGUUAAAUCAGCACACACAGCUAGAAGGCAGACUUCAAGAUCUGAGAGCCUGGGUUGUCAAUACCAUUCUUAUUUUGAACAGCAAGGCAUCUAACAGUGAAACAGAUGUUGACAGCCUGAACCGCUGUCUCCGACAAUAUGAGGAUUUGAAACAGCCCAUGGCUGAAAGGAAAUCUCAGCUGGAUGCUCUUGCUUUUGAUGUUCAGUUCUUUAUCUCGGAACAUGCCCAGGACUUGUCCCCUCAGCAGAAUCGACAGAUGCUGAGGCUUCUGAAUGAACUGCAGAGGUCCUUCCAGGAAAUUUUGGAACAGACUGCAGCUCAGGUGGAUGCCUUGCAGGGCCAUCUUCAACAGAUGGAGCAGGAGGCCCUGGUGAAGACCCUGCAGAAACAACAAAAUACCUGUCACCAGCAACUGGAGGAUCUUUGCAGUUGGGUAGGACAGGCAGAAAGAGCACUGGCAGGCCACCAAGGCAGAACCACCCGGCAGGAUCUCUCUGCUUUGCAGAAGAACCAAAGUGACUUGAAGGAUUUACAGGAUGACAUUCAGAAUCAUGCCACCUCAUUUGCCGUUGUUGUCAAGGACAUUGAGGGGUUCAUGGAAGAGAAUCAGACCAAGAUGAGCCCACAUGAGUUGACAGCUCUUCGGGAAAAGCUUCAUCAGGCUAAGGAGCAAUAUGAGGCGCUCUGGGAACAGACACGGGUGGCCCAGAAGGAGCUGGAGGAAGCAGUGACCUCUGCCUUACAGCAGAAGACUGAAAAGAGUAAAGCAGCAAAGGAACUGGCAGAGAACAAGAAGAAAAUCGAUGCUCUCCUUGAUUGGGUACUUCGGUAGGAUCAUCUGGUGGACAGCUGCUGACCAACCUUCCAGGAAUGGAGCAGCUCUCAAGAGCGUUUGGAGAAAGGAACCUUGGACACCACUGAUGGUUACAUGGGGGUGAAUCAAGCCCCAGAGAAACUGGACCAGCACUGUGAGAAGAUGAAGGCCCGUCACCAAGAAUUGCUGUCCCAGCAGCAACAUUUCAUUCUGGCCACCCAGUCAGCUCAGGCCUUCCUGGAUCAGCAUGGCCACAAUCUCACACCUGAGGAACAACAGAUGCUGCAAGAAAAGCUGGGAGAGCUAAAGGAGCAAUAUUCUACUUCCCUGGCCCAAUCAGAGGCAGAACUGAAGCAGGUGCAGACACUUCAGGAUGAGUUGCAGAAAUUUCUGCAGGAUCAUAGAGAGUUUGAACGCUGGUUGGAACGAUCUGAGAAAGAGCUGGAGAACAUGCAUAAGGGAGGCAGCAGCCCCGAGGCCCUUCCCUCCCUGCUGAAGCGGCAAGGAAGCUUCUCAGAGGAUGUCAUUUCCCACAAAGGAGACUGGAGAUUUGUGACUAUCUCAGGACAGAAAGUCUUGGACAUGAAAAACAGUUUUAAGGAAGGCAAAGAACCAUCAGAAAUUGGAAACUUAGUAAAGGACAAGUUGAAGGAUGCAACAGAAAGGUACACUGCUCUCCACUCAGAGUGUACACUAUUAGGAUCUCACCUGAAUAUGCUGUUAGGCCAGUAUCAUCAAUUCCAAAACAGUGCUGACAGCCUGCAGGCCUGGAUGCAGACUUGUGAGGCCAAUGUGGGGAAGCUCCUCUCAGAUACAGUUGCCUACGACCCUGGAGUUCUCCAGCAGCAGCUUGCAACAACAAAGUAGUUGCAGGAGGAAUUGGCUGAGCACCAAGGACCUGUGGAAAAACUCCAAAAAGUAGCUCGUGACAUAAUGGAAAUUGAAGGGGAGCCAGCCCCAGACCACAAGCAUGUUCAAGAAACUACAGAAAUUGAAACAGGACAUUGCUCGGCAAAAGAGCAGCUUGGAGGCCACCCGUGAGAUGGUGACCCGAUUCAUGGAGACAGCAGACAGUACCACAGCAGCAGUGCUGCAGGGCAAACUGGCAGAGGUGAGCCAGCGGUUGGAACAGCUCUGUCUACAGCAGCAAGAAAAGGAGAGCUCCCUAAAGAGGCUUCUGCCCCAGGCAGAGAUGUUUGAACAUCUCUCUGGUAAGCUGCAGCAAUUCGUGGAAAACAAAAGUCGGAUGCUGGCCUCUGGAAAUCAGCCAGAUCAAGAUAUUACACGUUGCUUCCAACAGAUCCAGAUGGGGUUUCACCGGGUUAACCAGGAUGGCUACGAUCUCCUGACCUUGUGAUCCACCUGCUGUGUAGAGGACUUCUACAGGAAAUUGAAAGGACUCAAUGACGCGACCACAGCAGCAGAGGAGGCAGAGGCCCUCCAGUGGGUAGUGGGGACCGAAGUGGAAAUCAUCAACCAACAAUUAGCAGAUUUUAAAGGAGGCCCGCCAACACGGAAGCGCCUCAGCGGCAGUUGCCACCUGCACGCGGUGCCUGGGGAACGUGGCCAGGGCUCGUGUCUCCUCAGCCUGCUGAGCUGCGCAUUCGCUGCUGGCUAACGGCUCUGCUCUGCACGUUUCUGCUGAGAGAGGCCUGAGUGUGCAAGAGCUUGGCGAAAACAGAACUUUUUACGGGUAUCGAGGCAGU